AUGGCGGAGCAGGUGAGAUAACGUUCUUUGUUUCUUUCCUCCUCGGUUGCAGUUUCUGUGACGCUGAAGGUAUCGGGCGAUAGAUUCAUCACCUCUCCAGAUUUGAGGGAACGAUACAGGUCGAAGUAUCCGUACACUUUGAGGAAAAAAUCCCUCAUGUUUGGGUCCUGCCUGGUCGCAGUAUUAGGGUUUGUUAGAAUGCAGUUGAUAUGCAGCACAGAUGGAAUAUGAUCUUUUUUGUAUUUGUUCAAUUUCUUCAAUCUUGCUUCCCUUACUUUCUGGGGUUUAUCUACGUGACAUGGGUAGUACAAGGUCUAUUAUAUACAACACUUUUGGUUUGUUCUAUUUUCUUUACAUGCUCUUCUAGAAAGUGCAUCAUCUUAAAUUGGUUCGUCCGGUAGAGGUACCUAAGCGGGAUCGGUUUUCGAUUUCUAGGUUUCGUCGUAAACCUAAUUGGUUGCUUCCAGUUGCGCUAUUAAGCUGUUCAAACCCCCACUUGAAGGUAGUUCAUAUCCCGUUGAGAUAGGAACUUAAUGUCCCGUUAAACGAUGCUCUGUUCCCAGCGAGUAAUCUGUGGGGGGUGGGGGAGAGAGAAGGGGGAGAACACCUACCAGAACUAUUUUAAUUUACUCUGAUUUUUGUGUCAUACGUUUAAACGACCUUUUGCAGACCGAGAAGGCUUUUCUCAAGCAACCGAAAGUGUUCCUAAGGUAUAAUGAUCUAUGAUUUAUAUUUCGCAUUGUGUUCCUUCUUCUCAGAUUUCUGUGGUGGCUAUGAGUAGAAAUGUCUUAAAAUUAUUCUUUCACAGCUCUAAGAAGUCCGGAAAGGGGAAGAGGCCCGGCAAGGGCGGCAACCGUUUCUGGAAGAGCAUUGGUCUCGGCUUCAAGGUUCCUAGGGAAGCCAUCGAAGGUUCGUCUUACUUUUCUCUGGAUGAAUAUCUUUUUUUUUUCUUGUUUAGUGUGUUAGGCUUCUGCAUCGCUUCAUUCGAUUGGCAUUCUUUCUUUGUUGUGUUGGAGAUAAACCCUUAAUAUUUUGGAGCUUUUUCUUCCUACAUCUCGUAUAAUUUGUUUUUUUCUUUUCUUAUAAUAGCAUUAAGAUUCCCUCAUCUUGUUUCUUUAAUGUCCUGUAGAAGCUUCAAUACUCUGGUUCUUGUUCCUCUUCUAGUAUAGUUGGUAUAAUUAUUUUGUCCAAGAUUAUGCGUUUUAUUUAAUCAUAUCUUUGAAACAAUGUGGUUACUGAUGAACACGGUUUAUUCUUCCCUAAUACUGGUUCGAUGAAUUGGAUUGAAUGGGUGAUAAUAUAGUACUGGAGCCAUCUUCUGGCAUUGCAUAAACAUUUCUGGUAUCUUUUUUUUAAUGGGUGGCUCGAUCAGUGGACCUCAGCAGCUCUUGUUUUGAUUCUCAGGCACAUAUAUCGACAAGAAAUGCCCGUUUACUGGCAAUGUUUCCAUCAGGGGCCGCAUCUUGAGCGGCGUCUGCCAUAGUGCCAAGAUGAACAGGACCAUCAUCAUCAGGAAGGAUUACCUCCACUACAUCAGGAAAUACCAGAGGUGGGUUGAUUUGCCCUGUUAUUCUCUCUCCUCUGACCUCGAUUACCGAGCUGCUCUAACGCGGUUGCUCUUCCUGCUACCUCUCAGGUACGAGAAGAGGCACUCCAACAUCCCCGCCCACGUUUCCCCCUGCUUCCGUGUGAAGGAAGGAGACCAUGUUACCAUCGGACAGUGCAGGUAAAACCAACCUUGCCCCCUCUGAAUAUUAUGAGAGCUUUUUUUUCUAGAAAUGGAAAUUACCCAUGAAAUAGAUGGGUCGAGCUUUCUUUUUGGAUCUUCUGAUCUGAUUCUGUGGUUCUAACGCGAGUUCUUCCUUCCUUCCUCAGGCCGCUGUCUAAGACGGUCAGGUUCAAUGUUCUGAAGGUGACCCCAUCCGGAUCAGGGACCGGCGGCAAGAAGGCCUUCUCUGCAUUUUAG